CCGCCUGCGCUGGGGCCGGGCGGGGAGAGCGGCCCGGGGCCGCGGGGGCUGCGGGAAUCAGCGGGGACCAGCGGGGACCAGCGGAGAUUAGCAGGGAUCAGCGGGCACGGGCCAUCCCCGGAGCCCCGAGAUGCGGCUUCGCUGCUGYGGCCGCCCCCCCGCCAGCGGGCUCGGCAGGGCCGGGGCAGCGGCGGCCUGAGGCCGUGAAUGGGCGGAGCGGGAGGAGCCGGAGCCGCCGCCGCGAUGGCUCAGGAGAAGAUGGAGCUGGACCUGGAGCUGCCGCCGGGGAGCGCCGCGGCCCCGGGCGACGGCGGCGGCCUGAGGCGGUCGAACAGCGCCCCGCUCAUCCACGGGCUCAGCGAUAACUCACAGGUGUUCCAGGCCAGCGUCUUGCGCACCCGCAGGAACAGCACCACGGUCAUGAAUCGGCACAGCCUGUUUGUGCCAUCAUCUCCUAUCCGUAUUCCUAGCAGCCGGCUUCAUCAAAUCAAACAAGAAGAAGGAAUGAAUUUGCUGAACAGGGAAACGGUUCGUGAAAGAGAAGUGCAAGUAGCAAUGCAGAUGAGCCACUCAUGGGAGGAGAGCUUGAGCCUGAGCGACAAUGAUUUUGAAAAAUCACUAUCACCAAAGCAAGUAGAUUUUGUUCCAGUUUCUCCAGCYCCUUCACCUACACGAGGAAUUGGGAAGCAAUGUUUCUCACCAUCUUUGCAAAGCCUGGUGAGCAGCACUGGGUUGCCUCCAAGUCCCAGCCCUAGUCCAACCAGGAGAUUUUCAAGCAGGAGAAGCCAGAGCCCAAUUAACUGCAUUCGGCCAAGUGUUCUUGGAUCAAUCAAAAGAAAAGGUGUGACAGAGAUGGAAGAUCAUCCAAAAAGAUUAUUCCAAGGAUCCACCAACAUGCUAACACCUGAGGCUGCACACCAGGCAGACCUUGGGGCAUGUCUGUCCUCACAYGCCCUGGAUGACAACAGGAGCAGUGCAGGCUCCUCCUGUGACUCCCCAGCUGAAGUUGGCACCAGCACAGACUCUCCAGUGUCACUCUCUGACUCCAGAUCCCCCUUUUUACCAGUGGAUCUCACRGCCAAGUUACCGAUGGACUGAGAAGCAGGAAUCUGCUGAUGGACACCGGGAAACAGGCGGGAUUUCACCCGGACUUUCUGUUGUGUGUAACCCAUUCUGUUCCUCAUAGGAACUUCCAGCAAUGCCAUUACUUCCAGAAACCUUCCAGAAUGGUUCCUUGAGGAGGAAUUCCCUUUCUAGUGAUUUGUAUGACAUUAACUACAAUACAGAAGCGUUUGGGCUGCAGACACGUCGGGUGCUCACACCAGUCAGCAGGCUGCUGGUUUGCAGUGGAUGUGAUCUCCUUGGCAUGAGUUACAAAUGCUGUACAUGUGUCCUGCUUGUGGAAGACUUGGCUUGCCAGCAGCCAGUGUCCUCCCUGCCUGUGGAGGAGCAGAUAACUCACAUUUGUCUUCAGCCUAAAAAAACCAAUGAAGCAGCUUACUAAUUGUUUCUAUUCCCAGAGUGUUAGAUAUUUAUAUAUUUUUUCUUCUUCAURUGAAAGGGAGAAUAUUGCAGGGGGGAAUUGAUUAUUAUUAUUAUUGUGUUCUAUUAUGAUUGGCUCUUAAUCAAUUCUGUGUUCCAGUGGAUGUCAGAAAAGAACAAAUGGUGAAUUGUCAAAUUUAUAUGUUGGAUUUWAUUCAUGAUCAUGACUGCUCUUGUGACUAAAUCUAAAUUAGGUGUGGAACAUUCUUCUGGGGUUUUGUAUUACUUUCUUUUUCUUCCCCAUUUAGAUGAUGUAUUGGAGUGGUAGAUGCUUUGUUAAAGGUCUUUUARUAGGGAAAAAUAGUGACAAUAUUUGGAACAAUACAUUAAAUAUUGAGAUUUUAGUAUUUAGUACUUCAGAAACUAAUUAUUUUAACAGUCAGUAUUUGUCCUCGUAUAUGACAAAUACAGUGAGGAAUCUUGAAUGCCUUUUUACAGGCUGARGCCAUCAAACAUAAUUAAUCUGUGUUUAAUUUCCUGAUGUCGCUUCCUCAAACAAUGACAUCAAGUCAUUUCUGCUGUUGGAAACUUCAGAUGCCGAUUGGAAGGCGAGAAUCUGGUAAUCUGAGAUGUUUGAAAAGUCAGUGUGUUGAGGCAUCCUGAUCUCAACCCUGAAAUUCCCCAAGCAGGAGGAAAAAUUUGCAGACCCCCCCAUGGACAGCUGUCUGGGAUUUUGCAGUGACAGCCUCACUGGGCUUGUGCAGCUGCACUCCCCCAGCUGGGUCCCCUUUGCACAUGUCUGUGCAUCUGUGCUAUGUGCUUUCAAACCUUCUCUCCAGAGAGGUUAAUAAUGAAGCAAAAUGUUUUAUUUUUAAACGCUAAAUCUCUGUAGUGUGUCAUAAAGUGAGGAAACUUCCUCAGGUAGGAGAAAAGCCUGCCCUGAACUCUGCUGUGAAAAGAUUCACAUGGAUGAAGCUUUGACUGGCAGCAGCCAUCAAAAUGAGAAAGAGAUGACUUGGAGGGCAAAGACCUGGUGACCUGAGGGCCAGUGACCCAUUUCUGURUGUCCUUAUUGUAGAGAGAAACUAGAAUGUAUUUAAUAGUCUCUGUUCUAGUAAAAUACGACAUGGUUUACUUCUGGUAUCAUUCCUCUUAAAUUAUUGUAAUAAUCACCCUGCUGGUUGCAGUCCCUGCCUGAGUCCAGCUGCCCUUUGUCCCCGAGCAGAUGCACACGGGAGUGCCGGGCUCUGUUUGCUCUCUCUGCUGAGGCAAAGUUUGGGUUUGCAGUUUCAGGUUUGUGCCAAAGAGUURCUGUGCGUUCACUCUUCUGUGGUGAGAGCAAGACUCUUUUUUAAAAAUCUUGCUUAUUUCUUAAGAAUGAACCUCCUGGUGUCUCUUGCAAUCUUUGUCAGAAGACACAUCAGUAUAGGGAGGUUUAAUAGCUGAGUGUGGGUCAACUUGUCUCUUUUCUGUUGAAUAUUUAUGCUAUUUUUCAAAUAAGUGCCAAUAAAUGGAAAAAUAAAUGUGUUUUGCUGUUUCUGCACUUUUUUAGAUAACCAUAUUCUUAUUUUCAUCUGGGAUUAAAUGCUUUCUGUUAAAAUCAGARUAUCUGUUGCAAUUUACUUCCAUCCAGUCUAGUUAACAUGUAAGUUGGCAUUAAAAUCUGCAGCAGACUUACCUUGUUUUACCUUGUGCAAUGCUGUCUUGCAGGUCUGUGACAACUCUAGGAAUAAAGAAGAAUAAACCCAAACGUUUUUG